ACGAAUGGUGUAUACAGAAUUCCAAGACAACAGUAGGGUUAAAACGGAGAGAAAUGUUUACAUCCUUACUAGUUCUUUCAAAUGCGCGCUCCCGCAGAUUAGCGCCCCCGACGCUACGCGGUCGUCAAGGAGACGCGCUCCCGCUACGGUUCAGGGAGGAAGUCAGUCAGUCAUUCGUUUAUAUCAAAUCUACCGCUUUGGAAAGAGAAGCAGAUAUGAAGAAAUCGCACCGUACAAAUGUCUUGGUGACAUCCUGUCUGAAGACCCCGGUGGACCCGCAAACCAAAGUGCCGUUAGCUCAGUACGAGCGGGAGCGGACACUGCCGCGCGCGGCCGCGAUGACGGACAACAGGCACUAUGAAAAAGAGAUGGAGUAUGACUCUGGAUCUGAUUUGGUGGCUGAUGACCCUCCUGCCAAAGACAACAAUGCUCUGCUUAUCAAAGACUACCGUGUGACGGGCGAUCGCAUCGACCUCAGGGAGUUUUACUUCUCAAACCAGGAGUACUACCGUAAACUAGAACAGCUGAAAACAGCUCACCUCCAAACAAUGGCUGAACUCGAACUAAUGUAUCGCAAGAAACUCGACCUUAAAGGAGCGACUGCUGUGGACAACACUGAGCGGGCCAAUCUAUCCCCACAAGGAAGUCCAGUGAUAACCAGCGGUCUGAAAAAAGCCCAGUCUGCUUUAGAGUUACGACGGACUUCAGAUCCAUCUGAUUUGUCUGACGAAGAAGGCCAAGGAGAUCGCAACACGGAGAAAGGCCUUCUUAUCUCACCGAAAGAACACAUUAAAAACAUGUGGCAGGACUUUAGCGUUAAUAAGCUUUCUCCACCUCACCGGCACCCCAUGUCCUCCUCAGUGCAUAGUCUACCAGCAGACUGCCAGGGUAUUAGCAAACCCAAAGAAAGGAUUAGAAGUCAGCGGGCGAAAAAACACAAGCAUCAUGAGGAUUGGCAUCCGAGAGUGACAGUCCCGAAGCCUUUCCAGAUGACCGUCCGAGAGGCAGAAUGGCGCAAGAAGGGUGUAAAAUCGCGAUCUGAGAUCGAGCAAGAGAACGCGGAUCUCCGACGGCAGCUGGAAGAGCUCAGCGAGUGCCAGAAGAAGUUUCGUGCCAGUCCCAUUCCUGCCCAUGUGCGCCUCCCGUUGUAUGAAGAUCUGCAGGAGCGUAAUGAAGAGCGAAGAAGACUCCAUCUGGAGUUUGAACAGCAGCGUCUUCACAUCUCUCAGAAACCCUUCCGCUUCCUGGAGCGCGAACGGUUGAAGAAAGAACAGAAGGACGCCAAGCUACGCGAGCAAACACUUCAGCGUAACAAAGAGGAAGAGGAGAGGAGGAAGUGCCCGUUUAAAGCCAAACCUGUCCCAAAGGCGGUGAAGGAAGCCACGUUGGGCGAGCGACAGAAAGAGGAGGAACUCUACAGGGCAAUUAAAAUGCAGAUGCGGGCGAGAGAGAUGCUACACACUGCAUCCAUGCCUCCUAGCAUGCUUGCGCGUCAGCUCAGCGAAAAACAAACUCAAAAGAUCAUCGUUAAAGAUGCCGAAGAGACACACCAGCCCAAAAUCAACGCUGAAGUGCCAGAUUUCGAUGCCAGCUACAGGAGGUUUCGGAAGCAGCUGGCAAAACGUAAAGAGGUGAUGCCUGUCACAUCAUGCGAACCAUUCCAACUGCGCACAGCUAACAUCACAUCGCACAAAGAACGCAUCAUGGCGGAAAUCCAAGCAGAAAUACAGAGCCCAAAACCAUCGCGCUGGCCAUUUGUGAACACGCCUGUCCUUUCGCCCAGGACGCCUUCAUCUUCUCUUUGCUCCUCGCUUUCCGGAAGCCAGGAAUGUUUGUCUGCUAAGAUUACUGAUGCUGCUAAGAAACGGCAAGAAGCUGUGAGAAAAGUUCUCGAGCACAGAAAGAAAGCAGAAGAAGAGGAGGAGAAAUGGAGGGAGAAGCAAAAACAGAGAGAGAAGAGGCUGCAGAAGCUGGUCACAAAGCGAGCUCAGGCCAUCGAUCCACAUGUAACCCUGGCUCAGACAUCCCCUAACAAGCUAAAAGAGUUCAGGAAACAAGAUCUCCAGAGACAGAAAGAGUAUCAGGACGAGAUGAGAGAAAUCCAGAAAAGAGUAAAGGGAAGGCCUUUGUUACUGGAGCAAGUAGCACAGAUGAAUGCUAAGAGAGCUGCUGAAAAGCUCUACUCUUCCACUUUGCAUGGAUGUGGUCUGAGUGAAUCCUUUAUCAGCAGUAAAGCUCCAAAGGGCUUAGAAAACAGACUGACUCCAAGCCCCGCCCACUCCGACAGCAUGAGUCCACCCACAUACAGAAACAGACUUGAGGAUGAUGAGGAUCUUCCGGACAUGCAGGAUUCUCUUCUCGAUGACUAUCCGGAUGAUUAUGAGGAGUAUGACCAUGACAUGGAGACAGAACUUGUCGAUGGAGAUGAGGAGCGGAAACACAGCGAACAUCAUGACUACGGGGAUGAGGAAAAGGAUGAUGAUGAUGAUGAUGAUGAUGAUGAGAUGCAAUUUGAUGAUGAUGACUGUCAGGGGGAUGAUGACAUCAUCAGGAGGCACAGUCAGAGCAGCAAGGGUAGCGACAGAAGUGAUCACAGCAACAGGAGUAGAACAGGUAGUGUUAAUUAGUUAACUGCAGCGGUGUAAAGUAACAAAUUACAAAUACUCAGACUACUGUAAUUGAGUAGUUUUUCCUCAGGAAUUGUAAUUUACUAAGUAGUUUUUAAAAUGUGUACUUUCACUUUCCCUUGAGUACAUGUGUAGUGCAGUAUCGGUACUUUUACUCCACUACUUUCCCUCAACCUGCAGUCACUACUUUAUUUUUUCCUGUCUAUGGGGAUUAGAAAAAUCAGUCCUGUGAUUCCUGUCACACAUAGAAAGUAAAUCAUAAUGAACUACCUCAAGACAUGGGCGAUUUAUAAUCACAGCAAACUGUUUGGAAGCAUUAAAAGUGUCCAAGAAGAUAUUCAAAACCUUUACAAGUAUUGACCCAGAGACGGUUUAGAUGCAUGUCACCGAUGAGAAGAUGAAAAAUGUUUACCGUAUGAAGACCGAAAUGGUCUUAAACACCCAGCAGGCAUCAGACGUCAACAUGACGUCAUCAUGGGGACGUUACACUUUGUUUGGAAAUGAAAAUCGGGUUGACAUCUGAACCCAGC